AUGUCAGUCUCAGGAAUACCGUUGAAUCCACAACAGGCAACAUUUUCGGCCGAUAAUGCCCCGAGAAAUACAAAGGUUCAAGAGAGAAUACGAAGUGUUAAUUUGGACGCGGUUUUCGAUCGAAUCAGUCUUGAUAUGGACAUAAACGAGAUCUCACCCAUCGAGGCACUUGCUUUAUUGUUCAAAUCGAUACAGAAUCUCCAAAGACUGUAUAGUCUCAUAAAACAGGGGAAUCUUGGUGAAGCCUUCGAUGUGAAACGUGCGGUUUUUGGAGACGAUGUCUCAAUGGGCCGUGAGCUCAACCCCAAGAGAAGAAGAUCUUCGCAAUCUGCAGAGAUGUUGAGAAAUUUGUCAAGCGAGCUCGAAUUACCGAUCAGAAAGUCCUCAAGGAUCGAGUCAAAUUUCGAAGACUUGGAGGAAGAAACUUUUGCGGACGAUUCAUCGGUACUCACAACGAGCUCUUUCAAUUCUCGCAUUCCCUCAUAUUGCCGUUCCGACGUGGACUUUGACUUGAGUUGUAAACUCAUCAAACGGUUUUAUUUGAAAACGCCCCCGUCUUUGUCACUAGAGGCUUAUAUGGAGCGUAUCAAUCAUUACUCAAAACCUGGAACUGCAGUGUACCUCUCAUCGUCUCUAUACCUAUUCAACGUGGCAUUCGGACUGAAGACUACGUUUGUGGGAUUGGAGGAGAAUACAAAUACGAACGGUAAAGGACUUGCCGAGGUGAGGAAGGUAUUACCGGCUGCUCCAUAUGGAACGAUUCAGAUGAUACCGUUUGAGGAUCUGAAUGCAUUCCGAUUGGUUCUGACGGUAAUUAGAACUGCAUCCAAACUUGUGGAGGACAAGAACUACAAACAGAGCUACUAUUGUAAGAUCUGUGGAUUACAAGACCAGGAUGAACUGUUCAGACUAGAAAUGGGGUUUUUAUUUUUGAUCAACUUCAACUUGAUGGUCAAUGAGAACAUUCUUUUGAGACAUUUAGUCCGUAUGAAAAGUUUCAAUGAGAACAUGAAGAGGUAUACCUGA